AUGAAGUCUGCCACACCUUGCAUCCGCACUGCUCUGCCUCGUCACCCACACCGUGCGCUGGUCCGACCCUCCAGCUCAUCGUCAGUCCGCGCCACUCACCACCCGUCGCCCGUCGCCCGCCGACGUCAUCCAGCUUGGGCCCCGGCACCUGCUCCGAUCAGGCCUCUGUCACCGAGCUGUCGUCGUCGUCGUUGUCUUUCUCCUCCUCCUCCUCCCUUCAUUUCCUCUGCAAGCACAUAUUCCACAAUGUCAACAGCACCUCUCAAGUCCACCGAAGUCGCGACCGGCGACGCCCUCGCCAGGCAGCUUGCCGACAUCAUCGACGUCGAGGUCAAGGACGCGACCUCGUCGGCCAAGGCCACGUCGGCCGAGGACACGGCCAACAAGAUCGACCAGCUCUUCCAGAAGACGCUCGCCGCCGACAGCGACGGCGCCGAGGACUUUCUCUACACCUUCUGGGACGUGGUGCUCAAGUCGGUCGCCACCAUCCCCGCGACGGACCACCGCCUCGCGCAGCUCAUCGACGUCAUCAAGGCGCUGCAGAAGAAGAAGACGGCCGAGGUGGAGAUUUGGGAUGCCAAGACGACGGUGUGGAAGGACCUGCCGAUGCUGGGUCCCGCGCUGAGGGACGCAUGGAACUUCAAGCCCGAGUUUGACGGCAAAGAGGACCACGCGUCGCUGCAGAAAUGGAUCUCGCUCAACUCGUUUGCCGCGCGCAUCCUCGGCAGCAGGAUGCAGUCGUCCUUCAACCUCGGCCUGUGGGAGCUGCGCGCCGGCCUCGAGGAGAAGCACUCGUCCGACGCGUCGCGCGACCUGCACCUCAACACGGCCAGCGAGUGGCUCUGGCACGCCGGCGAGGAGCUGCAUCGCCUGUCGACCGCGGCCGGCACCCUCGACCAACAAGAGCUGGACGUGACCAAGACGGGCAGCCUGGUCGAGGCGCCCGCCAAGGGCCCGUCCAAGGACCGCUGGACGUUUUGGAAGAAGCGCCUCACCGAGCUGUCUUCGGACCUGUCGUGCGCGGCCAAGGAGGAGGGCCUCAAGGAGAGGGUGGAUGGCGUGGUGAGCAAAAUGAGCUCGAUCGAAAAGGGUAACAAAUAG